AAUUUCGAUUUCGGUAAAGUUUCGUUUGCAGAAGUAGAACGCACUUCCUAGCGGCGCAAACGAUUUCUCACUCUCGUUCGUUCGUUCGUUUCGAUCGCUCUCGCACAAGUUCUUCGCUCGCCUCGCGCACUAUUGAGAAACCGUUGUUGUUGUUGUUGAGGCGUUCAGGCUUGUAACCGAUUGGGAAGGUGGUGAGUGAGCGCGACUGGUGGGGUUACAGCUUGUUGUCAUCAUCGUCAGCCAGCAGCACCACACCACUGUAGUAAUCCAUCGAAACCCGCUAAGCCCCACGCACGCAGUAACCAAGGGAAACGCACCACAGUGCAGCCCAGUGUUCGCCCGGAGAAGCGAGUACGGCUGGUGUUCAGUCUCGUUCGAAGCUUCAGCCGGUGUGCGCGCACGCGUCUUCUAGAGCGUUCUCGGUGUAGAGUAGUGGUUGGUGGUCUGCAGUUUGGUGAAUUUCGUAUCAGCUGUGGCCAACCGCAUGCUCGAAUGCGGUACAAUCCGGACUAUUGAUGUGUAGAAUACAAGUGUUUGAGAAGAAGCCUUUCAUUUGAGAUGUAUUAGUGAAGUUAGCAAAAAAAAACCAGUAAGAACUUCAGAAUCAUCCAAAUAGUGAUAACAUAAAAAGAAAAAGUGUAUUAAGACAAUUUACAUUAAAAAACAGUUUUACUGUUUAGUGGUGUGAACAGAAAAGGUAGAUUUUCUUUUCUAUCCCCCAUCGAACGAAAGCUGGUCGUCCCGAAAUCAACACACACACAACCAAAGAUCAUCACCCCCCUCUCCUUUCUGGUGCGCUUCCCCUUUUUACCAAAGCCACACGAUGACGACCACACGCGUGAUACUGAACUUCCCGUGGACGAGCAGCGAAAAGCUGAAGGGUGACUUCUUCCAGGACACGGGUGUGACCGACGCGGUGAUGAAGAUCGCCCGCAAGGAGCUGCGCGAGGACAAAUCGAUCCGGGAACAGUCGCUCGAACAGCUGCGCGACUGGCUGCACAAGAACGGUGACGUGGAAAAUGUGCGCACGGACGAUCUGUUUCUGUUGCGGUUUUUGCGCACGAAAAAGUUUAGCGUCCCGAUGGCGCAACAGAUGAUACUGAAGUAUCUGAACUUCCGCAAAGUGUUUACGCAUCUGAUCCACACGCUCGACUUUAUGUCGCCCAGCGUGCUGAAGCUGCUGAACGGUGGUUACAUCUUUCCGUCCCCGAUCCGGGACAAGCACGGCCGUCGGGUGAUCAUUGGGUUUGCCAAUCACUUCAAUCCGGCCGAACACAACAGCUCCGACAUGGCACGGUUGCACUUCAUCACCUACGAAACGCUGAUGGAGGAUCCGGAGAAUCAAAUCUGCGGCCUGGUGCACAUCGGCGACUUUAAGGGCAUCUCGACCGCGCACGUUGCCUGCUGGAAUCCGACCGACUUUCUGCGCAUCAUGAAGUGGGGCGAACAGUCGAUCCCGAUGCGAAACAAGGAGGUCCAUCUGGUGAACGUGCCCUCGACCGUGAAGUACAUCAUCGAGGCGGGCAAGUCGAUGGUUAGCAAAAAGAUGAAGGAACGGCUACAGGUUCACGUCACCGUACAGGACCUCUGCCGGAAGGUUGAUCCGGCCUGUCUACCGAAGGAGAUGGGCGGUACGAUGCCGAUGGCCGAGAUGAUCGAGCAGUGGAAGAUGGAGCUGGCGACCAAACGGAACCUCGUCCUUAGCUCGUCCAACAUGCGCAUCCUCAGCGAUCGGGGCAUCGUGUCGCGGAACGGUACCGAUCGGAACAACAACAGCACCAACAGCAACUCGCUCGGCAUGGAAACGAUCACCGGUAGCUUCCGCAAGCUGGAGGUGGACUAGGUGGACACAAACCACCAGAAGACCACCACCAACCAACAAAAUGGAAGAGAUUUUGCUUUAGUGUAUAGUUUACGAAUUUGUAUACAUACGUGUGAGUGUUUGUGUUGUGAUAGCAUCCUACGGCAGUGACGCAGUAGUAUAAAGAUGAUCCGCCUUGCCCCAAGAUGGAGUCCACUUCGAUGGAGCCUCGCGUCCAUAAAGGUCGCGUCCAGUACUUAAGAUUUGACAGUUGUGACAGGGUUUAGUGUAACGUUUUGUAUGGUAGCUUUACUGUUUUUUUGUUGUGUAUAUUUUCUUACUACUUUUUCCAUUUCAUUCCGUUUCGUUGGUUGCAUACUAUCUUCACCAUGUUUUUCUUUUGUUUAUUUUGCGUUACCUUUCUUGAAGUGAGUGAAUUUUCGAACAGUGCUUUCAGCAGCUAAAAGCUUGAUUGCUGAUGCGUUAAUACUUUGGAGAACUACAAUCACAACAUUCAAACCCUCUACCAGGUUAGCGCUAGCUUUUAGUAGUAGGGUGUGUGUGUGUGCGCACGCACGAAACAGAGGGAAGGUCCCAAAUGAAGCGACAAAAUGUUUGCACUAAUAGCUAAGAACGUGAGGCGGUUUCUUUUGCCAAUAAAAUGUGUACCAAGGAAGAA